ACGGAGUGGGGAACAUGCAUAAGCACGGAUGAAAACAACAACGCACGGGCCAGUAGUAAGAUGAAAAAUCAGAUAGUGGUGUGGGGUGUGUGCAUGCGAAGUGUCAAUUUGAGGCAGAAUUUAUUCGAAAAUUUACCGGUGAAUUGCUUAUCAACAAAACUUAUAAAUAUGCUCUAUUUCUCUACGCGCUUUCUUAUCGUUCAAUCUUUUCAUCCAUCCCUGUCAGGUUACGGCCACAGCACCCCUAAAACUACCGAAGGAAAAAUAUUUUGUAUGUGCUAUGCUGUUCCCGGUAUUCCACUCUGCCUGGUCAUGUUUCAGAGUAUCGGUGAACGAAUGAAUACCAUUAUCACAUGGAUACUACGACAAGCAAAAAAACUACUCUCAUGUAAAAACCGAUCUGUCUCACAAACAAAUCUAAUGCUUGUCAGUUUCACUACCGGUUCCACGGUGCUCACGAUCGGCGCGGCUGUCUUUUCUCGGUACGAGGAUUGGGGCUAUCUGGACUCAUUCUACUAUUGUUUUAUCACAUUAACCACUAUUGGAUUUGGAGAUUUUGUCGCAUUACAACCGGAUUAUGUUGCGUUCAGUUUGAUCUUCAUUCUGUUUGGUCUCACUGUGGUCAGUUCCGUGAUGAACUUGCUUGUUCUUCGAUUUCUGACAAUGAACACCGAAGAUGAGCGUCGUGAUCAAAUGGAGGCGGCCGCUCAUGCUCAAGAAUUGCGUCGUUUGCGAGGAGAUGUGAUUUGGGUAGAUCAUUCCAAUACGCCACCAAUUCCGGAGACGAGAAAACACAGUCAGUCGUCCCCAUCCCAGAUACCUCGAUCAGCUCCUCUGCCAAACACUGUUUUGACCGCAUACACUCAUAAUCCUGGCUACCACGAGUUUGACAACCAUAAUCCAGGUUUGAAAUUACCUGGAAGUAACCUGUGGACAAAGUUUGCCUCUUUGUUCACUCCAGCACGAACGGCUCAACUGAGCCGAAGUAAAUCGCCCCCUGAACUCAGGUCCAAAUCCACAUCUCCAGAAAUGGAACCAACCACAAAUCAACAGAGUCACCUUUUACAUCCGUAUGAAGUGCUUUCUCCACACAAUAGUCGCUCUAGUGCGGUAGACGGUGCCUCGUGUGUUACGCGAUCUGCAUUCGAACCAAAUUGUGUCAAUGCCACUUCUGUUGGUUUGUAUGCUCGGCAUAAUCCUUUUCCGGGAUUUAAUGACAUUCGAUUCAGGGGUGAAGAUAAUCGUGCAAUGCCAACUAGUUUCCUGGCUCCGACAACUUCUUCUUAUGUGGUCAGAUGUACAGAUCCUCUGUUGUCAGUACCGAAGCAUACCGGAUCCGGGGUUCCAGUAGAAUUUCUCUGGCACGGCCACCCUUGCCAGCACAGUCAUGCUGGAAUGAACUGGAACCCACACACAAGGGCAUCCAUAAGCGGAACAUCUAUGCAUCCAUUGGUCCUACUCCCAUCUAGUAUCGGAGAUCCGUGGUGUGAUUCCGCGAGCUGUUGUUGUUAUCUGAACGACCGACACCUAAGUCACGUUCCCGGAUUACUUACGGCCAGCACAGCAACCACAGCUAACUCAGCCACAACUACAACCACUACGGGCAGUGCACACGGAGUUGAGGCAAAUGAUUUGCCAACUAUGGAUAGUGUGGACGAUGAUGAAAAUCAAAUAAUGGUCGAUGAUAUAAAUGACGAUUUGGAGCAAGACCGAAGAUAUCCACUGCACUCGGUACCAACAAAUCCUUUGUACAGACACCGAUCUUCCAUGGUUGUUCCAAAUAGAGGAGCACCCAAUGAUAGACGAAGAUACCCUGCCCCGCUCGAUGAUCGAAACUCAGAUGAGGAUGAUGCGUCCGUCAGCCGCUAUAACAGUAGAAAUGAUAUACUCGUGGAAGUGAAUGAUGAGAGUGGACCAGAUCAUCAGGUGAUGAGUACACAGACGCAUCCAGUUUGUGACACCUCUUGGUUGUUGGAAAUGAAUCGAUCAAAUCGCUCAUCUGUUUGA